AUGUCCAGAGUGGAAGCUUUUAGGGACACAAACCUCCGCUCCCUGCUGAGGGAGCUGCGGACUGAUAUUGCUAUGGCUGUAGAUGACCCUUUCCCUCUCGUCUAUGGUCUGGUCGACAAAAACAUCAUAACUGACCAGCUGCUAAAGAACACUCUAGAGAAGGAAGGCAAAGAGGGGAUCCAUAAGGCCAUGUACUCCCUCCUGUCCUGGGUCCUGGAGCAGAGCAGAUCCACCGUCCAGGCUUUCUGGAGCAACUUGUCCAAAGACUACAACCAGAGCAGCUACCCCAAGCUGCAGACGCUCCUCACUAACCUGCCGUCAAGUAUAAAUGGGGUGUCUUCAGUCCAGAGACCAGUCACUCUGUCUUCUUCCUCCGCUACCUCCUUAACUCUGCUGCCAGUCAGCCAGGAAGCCCCAGAGAAGAUGCAAUUGGUGUUUAUAAAAAAACAUUUUAAAAUUCUUUGUCAUUCAACAGGAAGUGCCAGAGAUUGCCUAACAGUUGUUGGGGUGUGUGGUCAGUCAGAGAUAAAAGGAGCAUCCGAAUCCAAAGCUAUUAAGAAUAAGCUUCACCACAAGGGGGAGACGGCCACAGAGCUGGUUCAAUAUAACGAUGAUGAGUGUGCCGUGUGUAAGGACGGAGGGGAGCUGAUUUGUUGUGAUGGCUGUCCUCAAGCUUUUCAUCUGACCUGCUUGGACCCUCCACUCACAUCUAUACCAAGUGGCACUUGGCGCUGUGAAUGGUGCUGUGGCAACAGAGUGAAAAUAGAGAAUGGCCAACUACCUUUACAUCCACCCAUUGCCCAGCCGCAGCCAACAAACACGAGCUCCAGUAACUCCAUCCUAGACGUCUCCUUCUUCUCCUCGCUGUCGUCCUCCUGUCCCACCAGUGUCACAGCGUCUUUGAAUGAGCUCAGUGGGAGAAACCAGGGCUCAGGUGCAGAGGUGCUCAGUUUGGGGGAGGUGUGUGGUGUUUGUCACAUGGAAGGAGGAGACCUGACUCACUGCCUCCAGUGUUUGCAGCGCUUCCACGAACACUGCCAUUUCUCCAAUGUGCUUGUGUUUGCUAGAGGGAGAUCCAUCUGCUUGUCCUGCUCCAGGCCCUGCGGCAGCUCUGCAGAGGAGGCAGGAUCCUCCAAAGGCUUACAGCUCGGCCCAGUGAUUGUUCAUGAUCAGAGCUCCUCUGUCCUAGAGCCCAUCCUCCAUAAAGAUGACCUGGACUCCAUCCUGGGAGACGUGAGUGAGGCUCAGUUACAACAGGGCUCCAUUGACAGCAUCUUGCAGUGGGCUUUCCACAACAUCUCUCGGCCUCUUCCAGACCCUCAAGGAUACUACCAGUGACCGAUAGACCAUCUGCACUCAUCUAAGAGCUCUCUCAGUUUGAAGUUAUACCAUGAAGUAACAAUGAUGACAUGAACACAGCUAAUAUUAAUGGAGAUUACUUCAUAUAGUGGAGAUCAUUUUCUUGUUUCCUUGACCUGGAGUAAAUCUAUGGUAAUGGUGGAUUUUAGAUUGAAUAUAUUAUAAUUUGUUUUAAUAUUUUAUGAGUAAAAACAUUACAUCUUUUUGAACUACAGAUUUUAAUCUGAUGAUAAGGAAUGGGUUCAAAAGAUUGUUAGUUCAUGUACGAACAAAAACGGUAUCUUAAUUCAUUAUUUAUUUCUGAGUAUAACACACAGUUGGGACACAUAUAGUAAAGCUACCAUUUGAUAGGUUUGAAAUAAAAUAUGUGAAUUUGUUGUAGUUAUUUUACAAAAUAACAUACAACUCUGGCAAAGAUGA